AUGGAGCCGUGGCCACGGUGGCCGCGGUUUGCGCGGUGCGCGUGGUUUGCGCGGUGCGAAAGCUGGAAGAUUCCCAGCAGCGCGCACAGCCGAGGUUUUUGCGUUUCGAAGCCAGCUGGGCGGCAGUGGUUCCACCAGUGGCCCACACUUGGCGCUUCCCUUGGAGCCGGUCAGAUCCGGAGAUUGGUCAGAAGGGCCAAAGCGCCCAAAGCGCCCAAAGCGUCCAAGGCGUCCAAGGCGUCCAAGGCAAAGUCGCAGCCGCGGCUGACCAUGGCGCAGAUCGCCGCCCAGCUCCGAGCUCGGAAGGAGCGCAAGCGGCAAAAGAAAGAUCGAGACAAGAUCGAAGAGUUGGAGAGUGACGCGAAUGACACGAGUGACGCUGAGUUCGAGGAUUGGGACGACUUUGGCCGUGCCACUGGUUGUGUGGUUGGUGGUGCUGAGCGUCAUGGGCAAGUGUUGGUCUCUGUGGAUGACUCAACCGUCAUUUGCCAAAUUCCCAGAGGCCGGCGAGCGCCAAAUCUGGAGCCCAUUGUUGGCGACAUGGUCAACAUUCUUUGGACAUCUGCAGCUGCAGAUGCUGAAGCAGUUGUCGAGGAGGUGCUUCCUCGCAAGAGCACCUUGAUCCGCAGGCAUGGCACAGCGGCAAAGCCGCAGGUGCUUUGUGCCAACCUCGACCUGGCGAUUUUGGUUCUCAGCAUCGAGCCCAACUUUUCAGAGGGAAUGGUGGAUCGGGUUCUGAUCAGCGCCCAUGCUCAAGAGCUGGAUGUGGUGCUGGUGCUGAACAAGGCAGAUUUGGUUCCAAAGGGGAGCCCAGCACGACGUGAUGUUGAACGUCGCUUGUCAGUCUAUGAGCGGAUCGGUUACAAGGUGCUCUUUGUGAGUGCGUUGGAGGGUCAGGGUGUGGAGGACUUGAGAGCGCUCCUCUGUGGUCGCACAAGCAUUUUGGUGGGAAAUAGUGGCGUGGGCAAGUCGCACUUGCUGAACAGACUGGGCCAGGGUGAAAUUGCAGUGACAGUUGGCAACAUCAGCGAGAAGCUGAAGUUAGGAAGACAUGUGACAACCACCACGACAUUGCAUCGUCUACCCGGUGGGGGCGACCCUGCCUAUCUCAUUGAUUCUCCAGGAGCACGACGCUUCAGCAUUUGGGAUGUGAGGCCCGAAGAACUCAAGGAGCACUUUGUUGAGUUCAUCCCCUACGCUUCUGGUUGCAAAUUUUCGGAUUGCCGCCAUUUGGAGGAGCCGAAGUGCAAGGUGAAAGAAGCUGUGGAGGAGGGCUACAUACCUCGAGAGCGAUACGUAUCGUACAAGCGCAUCCACCACUUGCUUCUGGAAGGCUCUGAAGGUGCCCGGGUCACAGAGUGCCUUGGAGUCCUGGAGACAUUUGGACAUCUGGCUGCUGGGCAAAUUGACCGAGAUUCCGCCGACUACAGGCGAUCAAUGGAGGGUAUCAUGCUUGAUGAGAAUAAGGAGCAUUGGUCCGAGCUCCUUGAUGUCCCUGUAGACUUCAUGGGAGGGGGAGGUGGUGAGGACUAUCAGCUCUAUCGCCCCAAAUGGGAUGAGGACCGAGAAGAGUCGACUGUGAAUACAAGGACAGCACGCCGCAUCUUAAAAGCAGGAGGCUGCCGAGUCAGCAGAGCAGGUACAGAGGCUCAAGCAGCUGCUGCAACAGUUGCUGCAGCAGCAGCAGCAGCGGCCAAAGCAUCUUCUUCGCUUGCCCGGAAAGGCAGCAAGGAUGCCGCCAAGCCAGCUGAGGAAACCAUGAAGGAGACGGAAGCAGAUGCCUCUGACCCAUGGGCUCUCGGCAAAACAAUGCAAGCGUCUGCGACCGAGUGGGAUGGCAUGGGUAGCGGAUACUAUGACGAGUCUGAGGGGUACGGUCAAGAUCUGAACUCGAUGUACCUGGCGGCAUACAAUGGAGCGCAAGCAUCGAUGGCCUGGCAGUUCCAGCAGCAAAUGAUGGGCGGCAUGCUGAUGCAGAUGCAACAGAUGCAGAUGCAGCAGAGGCUCCAACAGGCGAAAGCCCAGCGGGCCCGGGAAGCUGCGCUGAAGCAGAAAGCGGAGAAAGAGGCCAAAGCAAAAGCAGCUAAGGAGGCGGAACGUGCAGAACGUGAAAGGGUGAGGGUAGCAGAAGCUGUGAUGCGUCUCAAGAACCAACAGAUGGGAUCCAUGGGAUCCAUGAGCUCUAUGGGCUCGGGCUCAAGAGCCAAUGAACUGCCAAAGCAGUUUGGCUCUCUUGGCUCUCUUGGCUCUUUGGGGUCCUCUCUGGGCUCCAAUGAAUUGCCCAAUAUCGGUUCCAUUCUCUUGAAAGAACUCAAUGGUUUCAAUUCGGCCGGUGCUCCCGGUCCUAGUGCUAGCACUGGUAGCACAGGUAGCACUUCCGGAGUUCCGAGUGCAAGCGCUAGCGGUCCCAGCGCCUUUGGCGCUUCCCUUGGGAACAUUGGGAACGGAGCGCUCGGAACUCCAACCCUCAGCAGUGCCCUGGGCACUUUGGGCAGCGUUGGCAGUGUUCUAAGCAGUGCAUCCAAUGCGAAGCCCUCCGCGGCGUCGACGUCAGCGAAGGGCGGUGAUGCGUCAAGCCAAAGCACAAAGUUGGGAAAUAGCCCUUCUUCUCCAGUAAGUUCGUCUUCGCUGUCACAGGGACCCGUGGGACCCGUGGGACCUGUGGGACCCGUUGAGAAAGCGCCCAGUGGACCCAGUGGACCCAGUGGGCCCAGUGGGCCUGUGCCGAGUGGACCAAGUGCCAGGCCGACAGAUGACGACGACGAUGACGUGAAUUGCAACCAGCAGUGA